AUGGUGGACGAGAUUUUGUGUUUGUCGCUAGCUUUGCUUAGUCCAUCCUUCGGAGCCUGGAAAUUUCGACUUCUAGAGAGUGGAUGCUGCGCUGAGUUUAAAGUUUCCAGAAACUCAAACUCAUCCAAUUUGCUGCUUCAGGCAAACCCCUCUUUGCAAAUUGGUUUUUCAUCUGAUCUAACUGCGGAUUUGUUGGGUGGUAAAUUAACCUCCAAUGGAAGGGGCGUUGUUGCAGCAAAAGCUGCAGCGAUACCUGGCGGAGGUGAAACUUUGUCUUAUCCUGGUGAUGUUGCUUUGAGCGAGACUCUGAUAGGUGAGGAAUCAGUUGGCAUUCAAUUGCAGCCCGAUGCGGUAGCGGAUGGGGCGCUUGCAGCUGAAACUGCGCCUAUAAGCACUUCUUUCCCAAUCGAAGAUGAUGAAUUUGACUUGGACCAACCCACAGCAGGCUUUGCAUCUAUUCCAGAAGCGAUUGAGGACAUUCGCCAAGGAAAGAUCGUAGUGGUGGUGGAUGAUGAGGACAGAGAGAAUGAGGGUGAUCUUAUACUAGCAGCAGAAAAGGCAACGCCUGAGGCUAUGGCAUUUAUUGUGAAGUAUGGCACCGGGAUUGUUUGUGUGAGCAUGAAAGAGGAAGAUGUGGAGCGCUUGCAACUUCCUUUGAUGGUGAGUGACAGGGAGAGUGAAGAGAACCCUCAGACUGCGUACACUAUAACUGUGGAUGCAAAGCAUGGGACGACUACAGGCAUAUCAGCACGUGACAGGGCAACGACAGUUUUGGCUCUUGCGUCUAGAGAUUCAAAACCUGAAGAUUAAAGGCCAGGACACAUUUUCCCAUUGAAGUACAGGAAGGGUGGUGUCCUGAAAAGAGCUGGUCAUCCGGAGGCUUCUGUUGACCUUGCAAUGUUAGCUGGAAUGGAACCUGUGGCAGUUCUUUGUGAGGUAGUGGAUGACGAUGGCUCCAUUGCAAGAUUACCUAAGCUUCGUGAGUUUGCACAGCAGGAAAAUUUGAAAAUUGUAUCUAUUGCUGAUCUAAUCAAGUACCGCCGGAAAAGAGAUAAAUUAGCUGAACAUGUUGCUGCUGCAAGAUUACCAACAAUGUGGGGGUCAUUCACAGCCCAUUGUUAUAGAUCGUUGGUAGAUGGAAUUGAGCACAUUGUAAUGGUCAAGGGUGACAUUGGAGAUGGUCAAGAUGUCCUUGUGAGGGUGCACUCGGAAUGCCUCACAGGAGACAUUUUUGGAUCUGCUAGAUGCGACUGUGGCAACCAGCUUGCACUUGCGAUGCAGAAGAUAGAAGCGGCUGGUAGGGGCGUGGUGGCGUACCUCCGAGGGCAUGAAGGAAGAGGCAUAGGUUUGGGGCACAAACUACGUGCCUAUAACCUGCAGGACGAUGGGCGUGACACUGUGGAAGCAAAUGUGGAGCUUGGAUUGCCCGUUGACUCUAGAGAGUACGGAAUUGGUGCUCAGAUGUUGCAUGACUUGGGAGUCAGGACAAUGAAGCUGAUGACGAACAACCCGUCAAAGUUUGUGGGGCUUCAAGGUUAUGGCCUGACUAUUUCUGGGAGAGUCCCUCUGGUAACUCCAAUAACAGAGGAGAACAAGAGAUACCUGGAGACGAAACGCUCCAAGAUGGGGCACAUCUAUGGUUCGGAAAUCAAAGGCCGCUUCAGCAAUCUCAUAAACAACAGCAAGCCGAGCAGUACUGUUUCUUCUGAUCCGGCUGUGUCUGACUAAUAGGAGCAGCUGAAUGUUCGACUGCUAAUGAUUUAUUUGGGGGGACACAAGAACAUUCGGAUAACUGCUGACCAUGAAUUCUGGAAAUUUAUGGCUAUUCAAAUUUAUAAUUAUAAUAAGGUCCAGUGUUGUUCUAUUGAUGUCGUUCAUCCAUUUUGUAAGGCAAAAAGGAGAAAGACUAGCCCUUUUAUUGGAACUUCCGUUUGUGUUAUUGCUGGAUGGCAAGAUUUAUCCUUUAUUCACCUUUCCUUGAAUCUGUCUGUAUUGAUCUCUAGAGACCAUUGCAUAUUUCAUGAA